GAAAAAUUUAACACCCAGAACAAAAGAUUUUGAAGAAAACUAUAUUGUUUUACAAAAAGGUGGGGGGGGCCUGGCUUAAGGUGUUAUUCUUUUCAAAAGACAUUUGAUCAUAACAUUUCUGUAUAUACUAUCUAAGAGUUGCAUUUUACUCGACGUCCGGUCCCUUACAACUGAAUUUAUUGAUUUAGACAAAUAGGCUAGUAGACUAGCGUGUUAUUGUCAGAUUGCGCACAUUCAAGUAAAUUGUGGCCGAUGGGAAGGAGCGAAGCAGGUUCAUUGCCAUCUGUUAACGUGUGCACGUUUUCAGAGUAUCCCAUGGGCGCAGACUGCUUAAACAAAGCUGCCUCUGGAAUAAGCUCUCAUUGAAGAAGAGCAUCAUAGAAAGAAGACAAAGCGACGGCAACAUAAAAAGCAAGUUUUUGGCAACACCAUCCAAAAGAUAUCAACACACGUUGCCUUGAUGUUCCAUUGAAAAAGGACAGUUCAUGACACACUAAAAAUGAACAGCUCAGUGCUGCGGGAUUUUCUUGCCUUCCUUACAGUUGUGUUUAUCAUCCUGACACUAGCCGGAGGUGCAAUGAUGCUUCGAUUCUCCUUCCAUGGCAUAACUGUGACAAAUUGCAUAAUGAAGUUCCUUGUUCGUUAUCUCUCUAUUUCUAGUCUUUUGGUUGGCUGCAUUGCGAUGCCAUUCAAUUUACAUGUGCUGCUGUGCAACGGGGAGCUGAGCUGCAACAUUGCCUGCCUCGCAAGGUACUUCUUCACAUUCAUUUUUAGCAAUGAUUCCUUGAUCAUCUUAAGCACGCUGUGUCAUUAUCGACGCGACCUCAUCGUGAAAGUGCCCUUUGGAAAAGUUGCUUGCGUCACCCUCGCCAACAGGCGGUUGAUUGUUACAGUUGCAGCUGCCAUUAGUUUCUUUCCAAAUCUCUUCCUGUCUAUUGGCUAUUUGUAUCUUAUGGUAACCAAUAAUACAGCACCAUGCCAGCCAGAUGAAAUACACAAAAAGACCACACAUUAUUACCUAGGCAUCGCUGAAGGUGUCAAAACAGGACUAGUCUUUGGAGUAUGCUUCACUUUCAUCAUUCAAGAUGUUUCAAAAAUACGGAAAACUCUGGCUGAGCAAGCUUCAAGAGUUGGGCAGUCGUCACUUAGAGGUCUUCACACGCAGAAAGUGAACGCAAACAUCUACUUUGCAGUGGUGUUCAUCGCCAUGUGGAUCCCAUUCAGUAUCAUAGCAGUCCUGGCAAAUUACAUACCGCCAUAUUACUACAAUGAUGCGUAUACUAUAGGCUACACCCUUGCUUAUGGAAGUUUUGCACUGUUGCCUAUCUGCUAUGCAUUAACCGACGGUAAUUUUAAAACAUACGUUAAAGUUGCCUUUGGUUUUAGCAAAGGGAACGAACAAACAAACAGAGCCAAUACAAUUUUUCCUCUUAAAGAUAUGCCAACUCUUGGAGGCGGUAAAGACUAGUCUUUCAAAAAAGCUUAUGGAUGUACUUACACUUCCUGGAAAGUUGCAAACUCGCCUAAUGGUGGUCCCAUUUCGACAUCAUUCUUGAAAAGAAGGGUGCAAAAUUGACUUAUGAAAAACUUUUAUUGACUUUUAUUCUGAUAUUAAAAGAUAAACUAACGCUUGUCCCGGUACAGUAUUCUGUCGGAUUAAAGUUUAUCCGCUGAUUUAUUACUUGGCUCAAUUAAGAAUGGAGGUCACUUUUAAAACACAGGCAUAUAUAAGUGAUAAUGUCCUUGUCGACAAAAUAAGUUUGUUAUAAUUUUUAGAAACCGGUAUAUCUUUACACUCAUUUUGAUUUAGGUUAUAUUUUGUUGAAUAUCAAGCAGGCAACAUAAAUUGGGGACAGAGCAAAGGGACUGUCUUCAAUAAAGUUUCAGUGUUUAAAUUUUAAUCGAAACAAGAAAAAGAGAGGAAAAUUUUAGAUAGCAUUUCGCAUGCGUCAUACAAUGACGAACCUUUUUGUAUGGAUUGAAAAGAUAGCUUUAAAGUAUAUAAUACUAUGUAGUAACGUAAAUAUUGCUAUAAUUACUAAACUGCUAACUGCUGCAUAAGUCGAUCAUUCAGUUUUAGGUAUCAAAAUAUAGCCCUCACUUAGUGCAUGUGAAGAAAAAGAUUUGGUUCAAGAUGAUGUGAUCGCGGCAAAGACUGCGGAGCGUAUUAUAGGCUGGGAGGCUAACAAAUUUUGGGCUGGGGGAGAGGGGGGGAGGUGGUGUUGACAAACAUGCGAAAAGUUAAAUCGCUCAGCAUUUGUGAAAAGAAUAUGAAGUCAAGGCCUAGACAUUUUGGUUGUCCUGGGGCCUAUGUCAGCUUUUCUUAGCAGCAAUAUACCCUUUAUGUGUAUGUCGUUAUAACCUGUCUUUGCGAUAAUUUGGGUUGAUUAGAUAAAGUACCAAGAAGGGCUGCUUCCUUAAUCUGAUGAUAAGAGAAACCUGGAGAUGUGCCUUCGUUUUUGUAACACUAUUAUGCAUUGUCACUCUUUGAAAAGGUUUUUUCCAAACGCUUUUAUCUGGCGUUAACCUUCAAAAGAUUUCCCCGGGGCCAUGCCUCUCGAACUCAUCCAUAAAGGCUUUUAACAAUCUCAGUUCUUGUUCUGAAAAGGUCUUGCUUACUUGUCAUCUGUUUUUUCAUUUUUUCAAGGGAAAUGGAAAGGUAAAAUUUGAGUUUACAGAAUCCUUUUUUAAAAACUAACGAGUUUUUCUUUUUUUAGCUUGAUAGAUUUAAUAGAUAGCAGUUAUAAAUCCAAGCAAUUCGAAAACAAAGGAAAUACGCAAAUAUUUGCAACGAAGAAACUGACUUUUCACCUUAACGGUUCUCUAAAAUUGAUGAAAAUAAAGCAAAAUACUCAUUAAAUGCAAUAUAAUUUCUAAUCUUGAACUGAAAAAUGUGUUUUUGCAUCUAUUUUUCUUUGAAUUUAUACAAAUUCUUCCUGGACUUUCCAUAUGAUUAUUCUCUCUCGGAGAAUUCAAUUUUCAUUUACUGAAGAUAAAAAUGUUUUAAAAAAUUUGAAUUUUAUUGUUUAAACAAACCUGUAAAAACAAAAUGGAUGUUUUUGUGAAUGAAGAAAUUCAUUUUCUUUCAAGGAUAUAAACAUGAAUCUAAUUGGUAAAGAUUAAUUCAUACCGAUUAAACAUCCUUCGGUUGUUGAUUUUUAUUCAUGAUCUAGAGUAUACAUAUUAAGCAAUGCAAUUUGGAUCGAUCUGUAUGUAAUUAGUACUGGAGUGUUGGGUAUAAAAAUAAUUUGCUGCAUGGGUAUAAUAUUGCAUGGCUGAGCUACUAUGCAGUUUAAAGGUUUUUUCAUCUAUUAAAGUUCAUUAUGGAUAAAUUUCGUUGCCUUCCUGAUACCAUUAAACUUUCAUGGCUUUCUCUACCAUUUCAUCGUUUGCUACAAAGUUGAAAAUAUUAGUUUGAUGGUAGCAAAGGAGGGGAGAGGGGUAGUUUGAUAAUUAUCAAACAACCCCAAAAUCCUUGCCACUUAAAUCCGUCUUUGCCAAUAUCACUAAUGGUGAACAAUAAGCAAAAAUUUCUAACUUCUAGGCAAGUUCAGGUCUAGUCUGUUGUAUACAAUAUGUAUACGGCUAAAAUAUAGGCCCUUUGGGUGCUAGAGCCUCGAAUGACUUGCAAGAACUUCAAACGUCAAGGAGCUCCAGUCCAGCUCCUAGCCCCUUGCUACUGUUAAUCUGGAAUAUGGCUUCUGGCUUUGGUAUUCAGAUUAACACGAUUGAUGAAAAAUCUUCGCCCUGCUAAGGAGGAUGAAAUUUAAUGCAUUGAUAAUUACAAAUUAUUAAAGACGAAUCUCGGUUAUGCCUCGGACAACAUCUUGAAAAACGUUUUACUAGACUAUUUCGAACACCGAGAUUUUCCACUGGAUUGCUAACAAGAGAUGCUGCCAAAUAUUUUCUACUACCCAUUGUAGCCUUGUUGAUCUUUACUUCAAAUGCGGGUUAUACCUAUGUUAUCUUUGAGAUUAAAUUACAGAUGUGCAGAUAAAGUUUUCCCCCUAGAUGGCACGGCCUGAAAUAGCCCUACGAGAAAAACUGAAGCCCCAAACGGCCACUCAAAAUUAUUUAUUAGCACCUUAUGGCGUAAUGUUUCCAAAUAACUAACAAUGAGGAUA